AAGUCACUCUGAAAACCCCCAAAUAUCACACUUGACAAAAAGAGCGGGAAAACUUUCUCCCCGCCCCCAAAUCCAUCUUUACCAAAGGGUUUCUUCAAAUCAAUCCAGAUCUCUUUCAUUAUUCACAACACAAAUUUGCAGAGAUGAAAGACGAUAAUCGACGAAGAGGAGAUCGCAGAGACACGAAGAUCUCCAAGAAGCAGAAGCUCAUCCUCUCAGCCGACGAAAAGCUCGAGUCAAAGUUCGGUUUCGAUGUCUUCACCGAAGGCGAUAAGCGUCUCGGUUGGCUACUCACCUUCACAUCUUCGUCAUGGGAGGAUCAGGAUACACAGAACGUGUAUAGUUGUGUCGAUCUGUAUUUCGUUUGUCAGGACGGUUUGUCGUUUAAAGUGAAGUACAAGUUUAGACCAUAUUUUUAUGCUGCAACAAAGGAUAAUAUGGAAAUGGAUGUUGAUGCAUAUUUAAGACGACGAUACCAAGGGCAAAUUGCGGAUAUUGAAAUAGUGGAGAAAGAGGACCUUGAUCUUAAAAAUCAUCUUUCUGGACUACAAAAAACGUACUUAAAGAUAUCGUUUGACACGGUACAACAACUGAUGCAAGUAAAGAGUGACCUGAUGCGUGUAGUUGAAAGAAAUAAAGAAAAGUCUGAUGCUGCAGAGGCAUUCGAGUCUAUACAUGCAGCAGGAAAAAGCAAAGAGCGAAUUCAAGAUUUUAUAGAUUGCAUUGAUGAUAUAAGGGAAUAUGAUGUGCCUUAUCACGUCCGCUUUGCCAUUGACAAUGAUAUAAGAUCUGGGCUGUGGUAUGAUGUUAAUGUGUCAAGUGACGGAGUUACUUUAGAAAGGAGGCAUGAUCUUCUCCAACGUGCUGAAGUUCAUGUUUGUGCAUUUGAUAUCGAGACCACAAAGCUUCCUUUGAAGUUUCCGGAUGCCGAGUAUGAUUUAGUUAUGAUGAUCUCAUACAUGGUUGAUGGUCGAGGAUAUUUGAUUAUUAACAGAGAGUGUGUUGGUGAAGAUAUAGAGGAUCUUGAAUAUACUCCAAAACCUGAAUUUGAAGGGCACUUUAAAGUGACAAAUGUGAAGAAUGAGGAAGAACUGAUCAAAUUGUGGUUUUCUCAUAUGAGAGAGGUGAAGCCUGGUAUUUAUGUCACGUAUAACGGAGACUUUUUUGAUUGGCCGUUUAUGGAAAGCAGGGCAGCUCAUCAUGGGUUGAGAAUGAAUGAUGAGCUAGGGUUUCAAUGUGACAAAGUUCAAGGUGAAUGUCGUGCUAAAUUUGCGUGCCAUUUGGAUUGUUUUGCGUGGGUCAAACGUGAUAGUUAUCUACCUCAAGGGAGCCAUGGUUUGAAGGCUGUCACGAAAGCUAAACUUGGUUAUGACCCACUGGAGGUCAAUCCUGAAGAUAUGGUUCGUUUCGCAAUGGAUAAGCCUCAGAUGAUGGCAUCCUAUUCAGUAUCUGAUGCGGUGUCAACAUACUACUUGUAUAUGACUUAUGUUCAUCCCUUUAUAUUCUCCCUUGCAACUAUAAUACCAAUGACUCCUGACGAAGUGUUGCGUAAAGGAAGUGGGACUCUCUGUGAAAUGCUUCUCAUGGUUCAGGCAUACAUGGCAAAUGUUAUAUGUCCUAAUAAGCAUCAAGCUGAACCAGAAAAGUUCUAUAAGAACCGUCUUCUUGAGAGUGAGACGUACAUCGGUGGCCAUGUGGAGUGUCUGGAAACUGGUGUUUUCAGAUCUGAUCUUCCAACUAGUUUUAAACUUGAUCCAUCUGCCUUCACGCAACUUAUUGAAAAUCUUGAUCGUGACCUUAAAUAUGCAAUUACAGUGGAGGGAAAGAUGAACAAAAAAGACGUUUUAAACUACGAUGAAGUGAAAAAUGCUAUUAUGGAAAAGCUUAUAGCGUUACGAGAUGAACCUACACGAGAAGAAUGCCCCCUUAUUUAUCAUCUAGAUGUUGCUGCAAUGUAUCCCAACAUUAUUUUGACAAACAGACUUCAGCCGCCAUCAAUAGUUACAGAUGAGGUUUGCACUGCAUGUGAUUUCAACCGUCCUGGCAAAACUUGUCUUAGGACUCUUGAAUGGGUUUGGCGUGGAGAAACAUACACCGCAAAGAGAAGUGAUUACUAUCAUAUCAAGAGGCAAAUUGAAUCUGAGUUUGUUGAUGGGCUUCAAUCAAAACCAUUCCUUGAUCUGCCUAAAGCAGACCAACAGUUGAAGCUGAAAGAACGUUUAAAGAAAUACUGUCAAAAGGCAUUCAAGCGAGUGCUUGAAAAGCCCACCACUGAAGUUCGUGAAGCAGGGAUAUGCAUGCGUGAAAACCCAUUUUAUGUUGAUACUGUUCGAAGCUUUCGUGAUAGAAGAUAUGAAUACAAAGGGCUCAAUAAAGUAUGGAAAGGGAAGUUGUCAGAAGCAAAAGCUAGUGGAAAUCCUAUAAAGAUCCAAGAAGCACAAGACAUGGUGGUACUGUAUGAUUCACUACAACUUGCUCACAAAUGUAUUCUGAAUUCUUUCUAUGGAUAUGUCAUGCGAAAAGGUGCAAGGUGGUAUUCAAUGGAAAUGGCAGGAGUUGUUACAUAUACUGGAGCUAAAAUAAUCCAGAACGCUCAUUUACUUGUUAAAAGGAUUGGAAGACCUUUGGAAUUAGACACAGAUGGUAUAUGGUGUGCUUUGCCUGGGUCAUUCCCUGAGAAUUUUACCUUUAAAACAAGUGGCUCAAAAAAGCUAACAAUCUCAUAUCCAUGUGUUAUGCUCAAUGUUGAUGUGGCGGUAAACAACACAAAUAAACAAUAUCAGACUCUCAAAGAUCCUAUCAACAGAACAUACGAAACACACGAGGAAUGCUCAAUUGAAUUUGAAGUGGAUGGGCCAUACAAGGCUAUGAUUCUUCCUGCUUCUAAAGAAGAAGGAAUAUUGUUAAAGAAGCGGUAUGCUGUGUUUAAUGAAGACGGUACUCUUGCCGAGCUUAAAGGUUUUGAGAUAAAGAGGAGGGGUGAACUAAAGCUUAUUAAAGUUUUCCAAGCCGAGCUCUUUGAAAAAUUUCUUCACGGAACUACCUUAGAGGAAUGCUAUUCUGUAGUUGCUUCUGUUGCAAACCGUUGGCUUGAUCUUCUUGAUAAUCAAGGAAAGGAUAUAGCAGACAGUGAAUUGCUCGAUUACAUAUCAGAAUCGAGCACUAUGAGCAAGUCUUUAGCAGAUUAUGGUGAACAGAAAUCAUGUGCAGUAACCACAGCAAGACGUCUUGCUGAUUUUCUUGGUGAUACUAUGGUUAAAGAUAAAGGCCUACGUUGCCAAUAUGUUGUUGCAUGCGAACCACGGGGUAACCCAGUGAGCGAACGCGCUGUUCCUGUUGCUAUAUUUGAAACUGAUGCCGAACUUAUGAAGUUCUAUUUGAAAAAGUGGUGCAAAAUCUCAUCAGAUUUUGGUAUUCGAUCCAUUAUUGACUGGUCAUAUUACAAACAACGGCUUAGCUCUGCUAUACAGAAAAUCAUCACCAUUCCUGCAGCAAUGCAGAAGGUUUCAAACCCUGUUCCAAGAGUAGUUCAUCCAGAUUGGUUGUACAAGAAGGUUCGUGAAAAAGAGGACAAAAUGAGGCAAAGAAAAGUAGACAACUUUUUUAGUUCAGUGAACAAAGUAAAUAACGAUGACCCGAAAAAUGGUUCAAAUGGAGAAAAUCAUGAACCAAAUGAACAAAACGUUGUGGAUUUGGAGGAUUUCGGGAGCAAUGGAAAAUCUUCUGGUAUUGGACCUAGGCCUGUUGUUCGUUCUUAUGAAACUAACCAUAAAACAAGUGGUCAAGGAGCUUCUUCUAAGAAAAAACCUGAUAAUGAUCAAAGUGAGAAUCUGCCAGCUAUUGAUGUUGAUAACGAAGAUAUAGACAAACACGUGGAUUACCAAGGAUGGCUUGAUUCUAAAAAACGAAAGUGGAAACAAGUCCGUGAAAGAAGAAAGAGACAAAGGUUGGACACUGUGGACGAAUCUAGUCAAAGAAAUGGAGCUACUAGUAUCCCUAGUAGUGUGGCAAAUAAGCGACAAGCUAAGGGAACUGGGGUUGGUUCGUAUUUUAAAAGGCAGGAACUAGCCCUUGUAAACAGCCACUGGCAGAUAAUUCAACUUGUUCCAAGUUCACAAAACGGACAAUUUUUUGCGUGGGUUGUUGUGGAUGGAACCAUGCAUAAGGUUCCUAUUAAUGUUCCUAGAGCAUUUUAUCUAAAUUCUAAAGCUCCAGUGACUGAAGAGUUUCCUGGAAGGCUAGUGAACAAGAUUCUUCCUCAUGGCCACUGUCCCUAUAACUUAAUUGAGGUUAUAACCGAUGAAGAUCAAUUUAGGACAGAAAGCAGGAAACUUGCUGCUCACCUUGCAGAUCCUGAAGUGGAGGGGAUAUAUGAAACAAAAGUGGGGCUGGAUUUCCACUCCAUCCUUCAGAUUGGAUGUGUUUGUAAAGUUGAUAAAUCAGCUAAGAAACGGAAUGCGCAAGAUGGAUGGAAUUUAAGUGAAUUGCAUAUGAAAACCACUACGGAAUGCUCUUAUUUAGAAUCGUCUAUAUCUUUCUUUUACUUGUAUCAUAGCAUUUCUGAUCAACGGGGUAUUUAUCUUGUAUAUUUUCCUUCACGAUCAACCAUCCAUGCGGUGAUGGUCACUCCUGUCCAGAAUAAAGAGUUAUCACCACAUAUUUUAGAGAAACAGUUCCGUGAAGCUUGUCAAGCUUUAUCAAUCGAACUUCCCAUGCCUAGAGAUGCUUUCACUUUUAAGGUGGAUUAUGUCGGAAACCCUAAGGAUGCUGAGAAAAUAUUACAAAGAGCAAUCAGUGAAUUCAGAUCUCAACUUCACGGCCCUGCAAUAGCUGUAAUUGAGUGCCCGAAUGUGGACUCAAUGAAGUCAGGUAUACGGGCUCUUGAUGAUUUCCCGUGUGUGAACAUUCCUUCAAAUGCACGUGAUAGUCAAUAUCAGGCUCUUGGUUGGCAGAUUGUUGCUGCAAAAAUUGGGAUGCGUCGUUGUGCCACAUCAUCCAGUUGGUUAAAUGAAAAAAUUUCUCUUUCCAGAUAUUCCCAUGUUCCAUUAGGCAAUAUUGAACUAGAUUGGCGUAUACACACUGCAGAUAUCUUCUUUGCAAGAGUAUUACGUGACCAGAAACAGGUGCUUUGGGUAUCAGAUAAUGGAAUUCCAGACCUUGGAGGGGAUAACGAAGAAGAAACUUGUUACUUUGAUGAGGUCAAUCAACCUGCUAUUAUAUGCAAUGGUGCUUUUCGAAAAGUAACGGUUGAGCUAAAGAUUCACAACCUGGCUGUUAAUGCCGUGCUAUUAGACGAGGACUUGACUUCGGGAUCACACGAACUGUCGGAAUUGGAUGAGGCAACACCAUGCGUACACGCGUUUCGUGCUCUACGAGCAUUAAUUCAAAGAUGCGUUGCCGAUGCAGUUUCGUCAGGAAAUAUAUUUGCUGAUGAAUUGUUGCAACAUGUAUACAGAUGGCUCUGCAGUCCACGGUCAAAACUUCAUGAUCCGGCUCUUCUUCGAAUGCUUCACAAGGUCAUGCAAAGGUUGCUUUUACGACUGCUCGCUGAAUUAAAAAAAUUGGGUGCAACAAUCAUAUUCGCCAAUUAUUCGAAAGUGAUAUUUGACACCGGAAAGUCAGACUUAUCUGCUGCCCAAGCUUACUGUGAUAGUUUACUUCAAGCUCUACAAAAUAGAGACUUGUUUAAGUGGAUUGAGCUUGAACCCACACAAUAUUGGCAUUCACUAUUAUUCAUGGAUCAGUACAACUACGGUGGAAUUCAAUCUAAAUCCGAUCAAACAAAUGAUUAUUCGCAAGUGGAUAUAGUGCCACGUUGGAAUAUUGCAGAAAACCUGCCUAAGGAGACUCAGGAUCAUUUUAUUUUGAUAGUCUCUGAAUUUUUGUACCUCCCGUGGAAAUUUGCACAAGAUCAAGCUAGUAAACGAGCAAAUGCAAGGGAUGACGACACAUGCACUCCGUCAAUUACCGCAGCAGCUGCUGAAACAUUCCAGUCAUGCAUCACUCAACACCUUAGGAAGCAGAUUGAAUCUUACUUCACAGACAAACUAUUGAAAAUAGUUUCCGAUAUUGUUCUUCGCAUGAGAGAAAAAGGCAAAUCUCAUGCACUAGAGCUCAUUAAACAUGUGUGUGCUGUUCUUGAACUCGACCAGACUGUGCAGCCUGAAAUUCAGAUCAUGAAGAGGAAUUUGUUAAGAUUAGUCCAUGUAAGGGAGUUUGCUCCAGAGGCACAGUUUGAAAAGAGUUCGAUGUCUUUUACUCUACCAAACGUGAUUUGCAGCUAUUGCAAUGAUUGUAGAGACAUAGAUUUGUGCGAGGAUAGUACUUUAUUGACUCAAGAAUGGAGAUGUUGUGUUCCACAAUGUGGUCAACCUUAUGAGCGUGAGAUGAUGGAAAACGGUCUUCUUCAGAUAGCACGUCAAAGGGAACGGUUUUAUCAUCUUCAGGACUUGGUUUGCUUAAAAUGCAAGCAAGUUAAAGCUGCACAUUUGGCAGAACAUUGUGGGUGUGCUGGAUCUUUUGGUCUCAAAGAAAGCUCUACGGUAUUUAGGGACAAGUUGGGAGUGCUGUUAAAUAUUGCUGUGCAUCAAAAGUUUGAAUUACUUAAAGAAUGUGUCUCUUGGAUUCUAGAAUUAAACUGAAAAAGAAAAACAUUCUUUAUAGUUAGCUGUAAAACACUUUAGCACCAUAUUUCAUUUAUUAGAAAUCUAAUCUUUGAUUAUAACA